UGGUGGUAUAGCCUUGCGAGUUGCGAGUUGCGGGUUCCCCCAAUAUCUCGUGAAGGCAAAAGCAAGAGCAGUGAAGAAGAUUGGGUCAUGGCUACAUCCAAGGCUUUAACGUGUUCGUUGACACAGUUGCAUCCGCUAACAUGCGCCGCAUCGGCAUCGGCAUCGGCAUCGGCGUCGGCGUCACGGUUGGUGCCCCAUCCACCCGACCUAAUAAAAUGGGUAACGAGAGAAGGUGGCUUCGUGCACCGCGCGGUGAAGAUAUCACAGGUCGACUCCUCCAAUGGACUGGGACUAGUGGCCAAGGAACAAAUUCCAAGUGGCACCGACCUCAUUGUUCUACCACACCACCUUCCCUUACGCUUUACCUCUGCUCAACCCGACCCACGCGACUCUCUGCCCGUUCAAUUGAUGCGCCAAGUUCCUGAGGAACUAUGGGCAAUGAAAUUGGGUUUGAAGCUUCUGCAGGAGAGAGCAAAAGUUGGAUCGUUUUGGUGGCCAUAUAUCAGUAAUCUCCCGGAAACAUUCACUGUGCCUAUUUUCUUUUCUGGGGAAGACAUCAAGAACUUGCACUAUGCUCCUCUUCUUCACCAGGUAAACAAAAGGUGUCGGUUUCUUCUUGAUUUUGAGCAAGAAGUCAAGCGUGCCUUAGUAGGUCUUACACCUGAUAAGCAUCCUUUUGGUGGUCAAGAAGUAGAUGCAUCGUCUCUUGGAUGGGCAAUGUCAGCAGUCUCGUCUAGAGCAUUUCGGUUAUAUGGUGACAAGCAUCCCAAUGGGACGCAUAUUGACAUACCCAUGUUGCUCCCUCUAAUUGAUAUGUGCAAUCAUAGUUUCAGUCCAAAUGCUAGAAUUGUUCAGGAACAAGAUACCGGUAGCAUGAAGCAAGUGAAGGUUGUGGCUGAGACAGCAAUCAAAGAAGAUGAUCCUUUAUUACUUUGCUAUGGCUGUUUAAGCAAUGAUCUUUUCCUUCUUGAUUAUGGAUUUGUGAUCAAAUCAAACCCUUAUGACUGUAUUGAACUCAAAUAUGACGGUGCUCUUUUGGAUGCUGCAAGCAUGGCAGCUGGAGUUUCUUCACCAAACUUCUCGGCACCUAACUCGUGGCAGGAACUGAUUUUAUCUCAGCUGAAUCUAGCUGGAGAUACUCCAGAUCUCAAGGUGAGCUUAGGUGGUCAAGAAACGGUAGAGGGCCGCUUGUUGGCUGCACUGAGGGUACUCCUUUCGAGUAAUAUGGAAACUGUGCAGAAGUAUGACCUCAGCACGCUCAAGUCUUUGGAUGCUGAGGCUCCUCUUGGUGUUGCAAAUGACAUAGCUGUGUUUCGUACCCUAAUUGCUUUGUGUGUCAUUGCACUGGGACAUUUUCCCACCAAAAUAACGGAUGAUGAAUCACUGUUGAAGCAGGGUGCUUCUGGUUCAACCGAGUUAGCCAUUCAGUACAGAAUCCAAAAGAAAUAUGUGAUUAUAGAUGUGAUGGGAAAUCUCUCAAAAAGGGUAAAGCUUCUAUCAUCAAAGGAAACAGCAACUGCCGAAGGUUAAGUGAUAGCGAACAAUUAGUUAUUAGCUUGCUAUCAUGAAAUCUCAUCCUAUCAAUUGUCGAGAACAUAUUGUCAUUAAGUAUCCUGUUGCCUUCACUACAGCAUACAUUUUCCUUUUCCUUGUUCUUUUCCAUUUCCCCUUUUACUCUCCUUUUGCUUUAUCUACAUUCCUAACUGGCGAGUGUAAUUUUGGUUAAAUUUACAUGUGUUUUUGCCAUUUGCAAUCUUUAUUGAACUAUUAGUGCUGACUAUCAACUAAAAUUACAUUAUCUGUGCUGAUAAAGAAAAAAUAUAUUAUGUUCUCUUUCAAGUUGGUCAUUAUAUUUUACUCUUACAUUACUUC